AUGAUCCAGAAAAAAGAGCUAGAUUUCAAAGUCUACCAUCCUCAACUAGAAGCCCAGCCAGGUGAAAUAAAACUCGGUCUCCGUCGUUUUCGAACUCAUAAAAACGAAACAUCCCCAAGCUUGAUCCUUAUGGGCUCGAUUCCCAAGAUUCCUGACAAUUUUUCAGAAAAAACUCCUCAUUCACGAAAUCUCAGUACAGGAAGAGUUCCGGACUCUUAUCCAGAAUUUGAAAAUGUAGCGACUAAAGACUACAGCUUUCAAAAGCCAAUAACGAAAAUAAAAAGAAUUGAGCCUGACCAAAACGGCUUCAACCCUCACUCUAAAGAAAGAAAUUUAACAGCUGACCGAGACCCUUAUCUUUAUAAAAAAUCAAUGCAAAGGUCAAUUGGGGAAACUUUCUCUGCAGAAAAUAACCGUAUAGAAAAAUCUGAACAGAGCCCAUUGACAAAUUUCGAUUUUCUUAGGCAUCCGACUUUUAGUGGGCCGAAAUUCACAAAAAGAAAUCCGAAAAUUGUAUUGAAUAAUCCCAUUAUUGGGUAUUCAGGGAUAAAUUUGCCUGAAAAAGAGAAAAGUAUGUCUCCUGGGAAGAGCAGAGCGAUGGCUGAUUAUGGUAAUUUAAUGAUGAGGAAUGGAAUAAGGCCAUCUGAAAGCUUAAAUCUUUCGUAUUAA